GCAGGAACUCGGCAAACUGCCGGCGGAGAGGCUGAGUGACGGUGUGUCUUCCUGCGAGUGAACCUGUACUCCAGCAGGUGAACACCAUGAACUAUGUGGGGCAGCUGGCGGGCCAGGUGCUGGUGACAGUAAAGGAGCUCUAUAAAGGGAUCAAUCAGGCCACUCUCUCCGGCUGCAUCGACGUGAUUGUGGUCCGACAGCCCGAUGGGACGUUCCAGUGCUCUCCUUUCCAUGUCCGCUUUGGAAAACUGGGGGUGCUGCGCUCCAGGGAGAAAGUAAUUGACAUAGAGAUCAAUGGAGAACCUGUGGAGCUACACAUGAAGCUUGGAGACAAUGGAGAGGCCUUUUUUGUGCAGGAGACAGAGCAGAAUAACGAGAUUGUUCCAGCCCACCUGGUGACCUCGCCUAUCCCCACAGAAGAGCCUCUGUUCAGGAGCAGAGAAUCCAGAUGUGGGGGAUCAACAGCAGAGACCAGCCAGCCCCUCAGUCUGGAAGAACCAGUCUCUGUAAACCUCCAGCUCUGCCCCAGCGCGGCUGGUAAGAAGAAGAAGAGACGCAGGAGAAAACACAAAGCUGAGCCACGUAAGGAGGAGCAAACAACAGCAUCUGCAGGUGGGGAGCUGGAGCUGUGUGAGCUCAGUUCAGAUGAAGAGCAAAACUCACACAAUGGACGAGCAUCUUCACUGUCUGUGUUGAAGGAGAAUAUGGACCACAGGCAACAUUCCCCACUCACCGCCCUUGAAUGGGACAGCUACCCAUUCUCUGAUGGCGACUGGUCGCCCUGCACUACAGAAGUGCCUGAGCCCAUGUCACCGAAGAGUGAUUCGGAGCUGAUGGUGAAGCCGGCAGAGAGCAUGCUCAGGGUGGAAUCUCACAUGCAGUGGACCUGGGGGGAGUUUCCUGAAUCUACCAGGGUCAACAAAAAGGACAAAUCUGAGCCAAAGAUGUUGACCAUCACUCCCUCAGAGAACACACAUUUCAGGGUUAUUUUGAGCUCUGAAGCCAUAGAGGAAGAGUCCAGAAGAGGACAGGGAACAGAUGCCAUUUGCAGUAUUGUAAAGCCUGAACCCCGGACCAUCAAACCUGAUGAGUGCAGCUGCAAAGCGCAGCCCCCUGCUGCUUCAUCACAUGGUGCAGACAUUACAGAAACCAAUCCAGACCUUUCGAGUUUAUCAAGCAACCCUGACCUCAGUGCAAAAAAUGCACGCAAGACCAGGUGGACAUCUUCACCUCCAUCCCGCAGGGACAGCAGCUCAGCUGCCAGCAAAGAUAGUAACCAGACUGGAGACUCGGCAGUUGUUUCUCCUGACCCAAGUGCUGCUUCAAAAGCCACCGACUCACCCAUCAAGAGGAGGGGUGUGAGGAAGCGAAGCCAACACCAGGGACCUGAAGAUAUUUACCUGGAAGACCUCACUGCACUUGAACCUGAUGUUGCUGCCCGGUACUUCCCAAAAAGUGAGUCAGAACAGGGUCAUAAGCACUGGGUGGAGACGGGACGGCGCUCUGGAUCACAGUCACCCCAGUCAGUGGGCAGCGCAGCGGCGGACAGUGGCACUGAGUGCCUCUCUGACUCUGCUGGAGACCUGCCGGACGUCACACUGUCGCUGUGUGGUGGUGUCGGUGAGAACUCAGAGAUCUCUAAAGAAAAAUUCAUGGAGCACAUCAUAACCUACAAUGACUUUGCAGAGAAUCCAGCAAUUAUUGAUAAUCCUAAUUUGGUGGUUCGAAUUGCAAACAGGUAUUACAAUUGGACACUGGCAGCACCAUUGAUACUCAGCAUGCAGGCCUUCCAGAAGAACCUGCCAAAGGCUACAGAGGAGGCCUGGGUAAAGGAGAAAAUGCCGAAAAAGUCUGGACGCUGGUGGUUCUGGAGAAAGAGCAGCGUGAAGCAGUUAUCAUCAGAGACCAAGUUAGAGAGACAGGAGUCUCUGACCAGCGAGAGCCCUGCCCUCCACCAGGCCCCAGAAACACAGCAGAAAGCUGCAGAGUGGUCCAGCGACGAUGAGACCAAAGAACUGAAUGCUGCGGCUCCUGCUCUGACACCUACUGAGCGUGUGCAGACAGAAAACCAAGCACCACAACCCUGUCACUCUUAUAAGAAAUCCCUCCGUCUUUCAUCUGAUCAGAUAGCCAGUCUGAAGUUGAGAGAGGGGCCAAAUGACGCGACCUUCAGCAUAACCACUCAGUACCAGGGAACGUGCCGCUGUGCGGGGACCAUCUACCUGUGGAACUGGGAUGACAAGGUCAUCAUCUCUGACAUCGAUGGGACUAUUACCAAAUCAGAUGUGUUUGGUCAGAUUCUGCCUCAGCUGGGUAAAGACUGGACCCACCAGGGAAUCGCUAAGCUUUACCACUCAGUGCACGAGAAUGGUUACAAGUUCCUGUACUGCUCGGCUCGAGCCAUCGGCAUGGCUGACAUGACUCGAGGAUAUCUACACUGGGUGAAUGACAGAGGGACUCUCCUGCCCCAGGGACCCCUCCUUCUCUCCCCAAGCAGCCUCUUCUCAGCCUUUCACAGAGAAAUCAUAGAAAAGAAGCCUGAGAAGUUCAAAAUCGAAUGCCUCACAGACAUCAAGAACUUGUUCUUCCCAAACACACACCCCUUCUAUGCUGCCUUUGGAAACAGAGAAAGUGAUGUGUUUGCCUACAAGCAAGUGGGCGUUCCUGUGUGCCGGAUAUUCACAGUGAAUCCGAAGGGCGAGCUGAUCCUUGAACAAGCCAAAGGCAAUAAAACAUCAUACAGCCGGUUGAGUGAGCUGGUGGAACAUGUUUUCCCUCUACGGAGUACACAACACAAUGCCACCUUCAGCUGCCCAGAGUUCAGCUCUUUCUCUUUCUGGAAACAGCCCAUUACUGAGGUGUGCUUCGAAGAGCUGCUCUAACUACUUUCCCACCCUGCCCCACACUUUGAAAUCACUUUAACUCAGUGGUUAUUUUGACUGUGACCUUUGGCCCACUGAAAUGGUUUCAUAUUAUCAGUGUCGUUCUGCUGUAGGAAAAUGAGCUUGAGAUAUUGAUUCGCCCCAUAUUUUUAAUCCGCAACAUUUUUGUUCGACUAGAAUAAUAGUCCCUUCGUAGAAUUGUAUCUGAAGACUUUUGCAAAGUUUUCCUUACAUGAGUAGAAGUUGCUUAAGGACUUAGGCAGUAGAGGUAUAGUACCUGUGCAGAAACAUUUGGUGUGAAACAGACUGUAGAAUUAAGCUGUCAUCCAGCAUAUGAGUCAUGACAACAAAAUCCUGCAAGUUCACACAAAAUUUUAAAAAGUAUACCUCAUUUAAAGUUGGAUGAGUUCCCUUUCAAGGUCGUCUCCUUGUGCACCUCUGGACCGCUUCCAGCAAUGCUGCUAUUUUUAGAUCGCUCCUGGGAAGUCCUUUUCUGACCAUUUGCACGUGUGUUUUUAACAACAGACAGCAAAGCGCAAAGAUCAACUUCUAGCAGAGUGACCAGACUUUAGUGUUGAUAGUGAUCACUGGUGAGAGAGCUCAGUCUGUCCAAGCAGUGUCUUUCAUUCCAGGCUGUUUUCUGACAUUCAUAGUUUUGUACUGUGAAUUUGCUCCUCAGGGUCAGACUGUCACUGUGUAGUUCUACUGAGGGGGAAAAACAGAACUGUGGAGCACUGUUGUGCGCUGGCACACAGCAGAUUUAAAGUAUUUUAGCCUCGCCAACAUGACCAUUACUUACUUCCUGCCUUCCUCACCACAUUUUUCUUCCUGCAAGUUUUUUUUCCCGAGAAUGAAAUUUAAGUUAAAAAUUCAUCGUUUCUGGCAAAAUAGAUUCAGCGUGCUUUGUAAGCACACAAGUACAAAUGGUGAGAAAAAUGCGCUCUAAAAGCAGUAGCAACGCUGGGAGUAGUUUAGCUGACCCAAGAAGACUACAUGUAAAGAGAAAUCCAAUUAAAUUAGGUAUGAUUUGAAUUUUUGUACAGGUGAGUCAUGGAGCUGUAUUGCUUUAUUGGUGUAUACAGAACAGCUGUGUAGUCAUCCCGUUAACGCCUUAUUCGCUUUCUAAUAGUUUUAUUUAAUGUAUAUUUUUAAAAAGCUGAAGGAUUUUGCACUAAUAUGCUCAGAAGAAAAUUGUGACAUGAUUUGCUUGUGAGUUUAAUUGUAUUACUGCAACUUACAAAAAAAUGAUAUUGCUGCUGCUACUUAAAAAAAUCAUUUAGUUAUUUUAACUUAAUUUUUAAUGUUUACUGAGGUUUGUCUGAUGUUACUGUCAGUAAAAUUAAUUGUAUUCUUUCUAUGAAAGUGACAAACUUUGUGUGAAGAGAACACAGUAUUUUUCUAGUUUUCUGAAGGUAAUUUUCACUUUAGAGUAAGAACUUUUCUGCUGCCUUGAGUCUUCCUGUAGAUUGCUGUGAUUACUUUGUGUGGAUUUAAUUUACGCUAAGAUAAGUGAGAGAACAAUGAAUGACAAGAUUUCUGAUAAAUACAUGCUCUGAAAUCAGAAAUGUAAUUGUUUUUAAGGUGUCAAACUGCAGAGCUACUGUAUAUAAACUAAUGUAUAGUAGUAUAUUUAAUGUAUGUAUAGGACUGAGACAGUUAAAACAUGUUGGAUGAAACAUUAAUAAAACAAAGACUGUAU